UCGCCCCAUCACAAAGCCCGGGCAGACCCACCCCAGUAACCCGACCCGCUCGUCCCUGCUUGGGCUUGACCCCUCUCCCCGGCACAACUCUGGGUACCCACGUCCUACCAUGGUUACCACCACGGCGCCGCCGCCCUUCCUGGCUCGGAUCUCGGCGGGCACCGAAGACCCGCGGCGGCUGCCGCCCUCCGCCCUGCUCCAGCGCCUCCGGCGCGGGGACAGCAACUGCGAGAACCAGCCCAGCUGCUGCCUGGCGGGCCCGGGGGGCAGCGCCCGCCCCGCGCUGAAGAGGGUGCGGCGGAGGAAGGGAAAGAUCCGGCCCGGCCCCGCAGGGCUCCUGCCCAGCCGCUACCAGCAGUACCAGCAACACCGCGCCGGGCUGGGGAGACGGACGCCGCUGGGAACCGACUUGGUGAAGGACGCCCCUCCGGAUGAGCCCCCUGCGCCUGCCCCUUCGAGACCCGCGCCCGGCAAACCCCUCAGGAAGGAGUUCUUAAAAAACAAGAUGGGAAAGACAGAGAAGGCGGCCGUGCCCUACGGCCAGCCCGUUCACAGCUUACACCUGUGUGAACAACCAAAGAUUAACAGGCAGAAGAGUAAGUGUAACACGCCAGUGACGAAGAUCGCCUCGGCGAAAAAGAUAGAGAACUUUUGGCAGGAUUCUGUGUCACCAGAAAUAGUUCAGAAGCAGGAGAAAAAGCCACUUAAAAACACAGAAAACUUCAGAAAUGCCAAGUCCAAGAAACCAAUCUCCCUAAAUGAAGUGAGCCAAAAAGAAAAUUAUGCUGGGGCAAAGUUUAGUGACCCACCAUCUCCCAGUGUCCUUCCAAAGCCUCCCAGCCACUGGGUGGGUGGCACAUCUGAACUGUCUGACCAAAACAGGGAGUUGAUGGCAGUCCAUUUGAAAACUCUCCUAAAAGUUCAAGCAUAGUUUCCAAGAUCUCUUGAGUAAUUGGCAAAGAAAACUCCAUCCAGGAAGCUUAAACAUGCCUUGUUGCAACAAAAAUUGCAAAAGACUGUCAAGUCUUAUAAUCACAUAAAAAAAAAAAUCCUUGUAUUAUAUUUUUUAUGGUUGUGUAAAUAGUGUACAUCUUGUAUUAUGUGUAUAUUCUUGUUCAUACUUUGAGAGGUACAUUUUAGUUUUGUUAUGAAAGGAUGUAUUUUGCACUGCCUGAUUGGUAGAUGUCUUGUAUAUAAAAUAUGGACAAUUUUACGUGUGUGCUUGACACAUGAAGACUUGACUUGCUUUGCACAAGGUAAUGAAAAUUUGGAAGGAGAGUACAGCUUUCUGAUUAAGGUUCCAGAUCAAAUGUGAAUGUUCUAUUCGUGCACUACUGACAAUAGUUUUACAUUCUGUUUCCCAAUCAAGUAUAAACAUGGAAUUUUCAUACAAAUGUGAAGUUUUGCCCUCUGCUCUGGAAACUUUGGAAUUCCUGUUCAUCUGUUCGUUUUUAAAAUUAACUGGAAUUUGACUAAAAUUCCAACCCACCAAUUUGAGCACUGCUGAUUUCUUUAAAAAAGUUAAAAAAAAAACAACCAAAAAAAAAACCAAAAAAAAAACAAGGAAAAAAAGGAAAGAGCAGAGCUUUCUGCCAAAAAUUCAAUUGAUCACUAAAAAAUUAAAUAAAACAAUUUGGCCUCCCCUUACACUUGUCUCUGUUUUUCUUUGAGUGUGUGUCUGUUAAUUCAAGUAUGUGAAUUGAAAUCACUUUAUAGCCUUCUAGUGCAUUGGUAGAAAUACUUCGUCUUUUAACUAUCUUAGGCAAAAUUAGGAGAUUAAUAGUGCACCAAGAAUUCCUUAUGUUUAAAAAAAAAAGUCACUUUUGUGGCAAGUCGUUCUAGGAUGUUUUGUUUGUUGAAAACAGAGUUCAAGUAAGUUGGGCAGUUAUACAUGUAAAUUCAUGCAGUAAUGCUCCUUAAAUGUUUUUAUACUAGGUGGUUGUUAAACGAGUCAACACUGAAAAGUAGCAGUUACUGAAAAUGAAUAGAGCUUGUCGAAUUUUGUAUUUUUCACCAGAUUUGUCUCUUGCUUAUAGCUGUGCUGGAAAAUACAUCCCCUUACUUAAAAUUAUUGAGGAAUUGGACUGUGGAUUAGUCUGACAGGCAUGUUGAGGAGGUAACAGAUUUGCACUUAUUUUCCUAAUCUCGUGUUUAAAUAAGAUUAAUACUAAGAAGGAUGUGAAAUUUACAUAAAAUAGAAAAGCAUUUUUAAGUUUUUGGAGCCACCAAAAAAAAAUACACUCUCUGUACACUGGUGUCCUAGGAGAGGAGAGGUACGUAGGAAGAAAACGGCUGCUUGUGUCCAGCUGAGGUGGCUCCCUAGAGUGAACAGCAUCUUCAGAGAUACAGCUUAAGCAGCUUUAGGUGUGUUCAUGCUGCAGCUUUGGUCCAGAGCACCUCUUCAUUCCACAUGGGGAAGUUAGCAGGAUUCAUUAGUACAGCCCUGACAUGAGCUUGGUCAAAAGCUUAAAAACUAAGGAUUUUUUGGCUUGCUUGUAGAUGUUGGUUAUGUAAUUGUAAAAUUAGACUAUUUAGCUACCAAUGUUCUAAACUAAGGGUUGAAAAAAAAUGUUUGGUUUACCCCAAAGAAUUAGAGGUUCACUGUCUUGCAAAAGACUGGUAUCGGUGUAGUCGAGGUCAGUGUGUGGCUUCAACAACCCAAUUUCCUGCCUAAUCUAAAUACUGUCUAAUUUAGUGUCCCCCAUCCUCUGUUCUGAAAAGGAACAAAACCCCUCCUGGUUUUCUGUUUGUGGGAUUUUUUUUUUUUUUAAUGAACGGUAUUAGGGCAAAGAAAAACGUCACUGGAAUCUCGCCGAGGAUGACUCAAGGAGACUGUAAAUCUGAGUUUGCUAUAUUAGGUAAAUGCUGUAUUGAUCUGCCGUUGUGCUUUUUUUUUUCCCCUUUUGCCCGGGUGUCAUCCAAGUGCAAAGCAAAAUGCUUUAACGAUUGCCCAUAGCUUUAGGCAAUGGUUAAUUUUAUCUGGUCACCGUGAAUCUUGCUAACUAGCUUGACAAGAGGGCGUUUCCAAAAGACAGUGAGUUGGCAUUGUUUAGAAGGCUGUGUCCUUUUUCCCCCUGAUUAUUAUCUCAUUGCCAUCAGCCUCUUCCUUACCCUUCGGAGCUUACUGAGUGAAUGCUGGCUCUGAUCCUGGAUAAAAUUUAUCAAAGUUACAUACCUCUUUAAUCCUGCCCUGAUUUGCCAACAUAUCCCUUAGGGUUAAAGAAUUCAUUAAAUGUUAAUUGUUAAUAGUUCUCAGCUCCUCAAUCAAUUCUUUGAGAGCUGGUGGUUGAGACUACUGAAGUGUUGGGAACUUAAAACUUCCCGUAACUUGUUGGACCCUAGAGGGUAAGAUAAGCCUGGUCUUUCUAAACAGUAGCAAAAACCCCAAAGCUUAUUUAGCCCACGUCUGUGUCAAUGAUCCCACAGAAGUGUUGGAGCACUUCAUGUUUCUGUCUUCCUGAGAUCUUUGGGCUGAGCCCCUUCCUGCACAAUGAACUGGUUUGUAUAUUAGGCCUAAGGACAACAUGAACUUCAACAUGACCAGCUGAAAAUCAGAACGUGGUCAUCUUUUUCGAUCAUACUCUGCACCAUACUUGUCAUUUUCCUGGUUUUUCCCUUUAUGUUUCUACAGUAUCAUCUUACAGAGAUUUUCACUCUCAAGAUUUCCUUCACUUUGACAGAUUCCUUUUCCCAGUUCCCUGAAGAGGAACUGUUGUAUUACAUGAACAUACUCUUUUUUAAGAACCAGUAAAACAUUAGUGUCAUGUUUGGAGGGCUUGUUUGCAGUGUAAUAUAAAAAUCUGGAGUGACACUUAGGGAGAGACCAGUCUUUAAGGAAGAAAAUGAACAAAAAUCAGUGGAUGUGUUAUCAGCUAGUCAUGUGUCUGCUGUACAGGAAUUAAAUAAAUACCUUAUUAAAUCUUCUGAUUUCAUUAAGGAAACUGAAUAUUAGCUCCUCAGUUAGAUAAUGGAAAUUUUUUUUGUUUGAAAGUCUAGUGCAAUGCUGUGCAAAACUGCAGGGGAAUCUACUGAGAGCUAACUACCACCUUAUUUUAAACGGUUAAAUGUUCUGCGUUGAUGGUUCUGAAAUUUAGCUCCCACGGAGGACAGAUGUAUCUGUUGUUGGGUUGUCGUGCGUGGCUAAGGCUCAGCCCAUUAGACAGUUUCAUUAAUAAUGGCUGGCUUGGUGCUCUAAGGCUGAAAUGUUUCUGCCUCCUAAUGCAACAGGAGCUAGAAAUCCUAUGUGCAUUCGAACUCUAUUACACUUUCAGAGAUUCUGCUGAAUUCUGCUGAAUACUUGAGCAAUCUGCAUAUGAGACUGUAAAUUUAAUUUAAUUCCAUCUGAUGAAUAUUUUAUCUGAAGCAUGUAAUUUUAAACCGUACUUUAAUUAUUUUCAGAUUAUUUUUUGAGCUUUUGCAUUAUAAAACAUUUGAUAACUGUCACACUUGAGGAUUUUUUCUUAUUUAAACAGUUUUGAAAUCAAGUACAAAGCUGUGUAGAUUGUAUAAAGCCUGGAGAUUAUAGAUUAUGUUUCAUUGUAAUUUUAAACAUAAGUUUAUUUUCUACAUGGAGUCAUAGAAUCAUAAACUGGCUUGGGUUGGAAGGUACCUUGAAGAUGACCUAGUUCCAAUCCCCUUGCCAUGGGCAAGGACAUUGCUCUAGACCAGGUUGCUCAAGGCCCGAUGCAGCCUGGCCUGGAGCACCUCCAGGGAUGAGGCAUCCCCAGCUUUCUCUGGGUAAUCUGUUGCAGUGCCAUACCACCUUUAUAGCAAAGAACUUCAUCCUAAUAUCUAAUCUAAACCUACUCCCUUUCAGUUUGAAGCCAUUCCCUCUUGUCCUGUCCCUGUGUGCUCUUGUAAAAUGUCUUCUCUCCAUCUUUCUUGUAGGUUCCCUUUAGGUUCUGGAAGGAAAGUCUUGAUGCUUCCAUUAUGCAGUUAAACACAUUCCUUAUUUUCUUCAACAGCUUCUUGUGGUCUUUGAAUUUUGGUUUUACAAUGCAUUCUUUAAAUAUUUCUUUCAUAUUAUAUGCUUGACUGAACUUUUUAAGGGGAUUUUAUUUUCUGUUGUAAUUUCUAAGAUGGUAUUCUCUUAGGAAUAGGCUGGUUCUUACCUGAAAGAGGCUAUGAUGUAAGUAAGAAGUAAAGUUGUAAAAUGUAAAUAUCUACCAUGAACAACUGAUGCUACAUUGUUGUACAGGAACUACAGUGUUAAAUAUUUUUGAUAAUGAGAAAUAAAUAUUUAGUUGCUGUUUCACUAGAAAAGAUAGAUGAAGGGCAUAUCCAUCAAUUAUGGAGAAACACAUUAUCCAAUAAAAGGACCUAAGUGCUGAA